AUCCAUUUAAUAAAUAAUAAAUGAAUUAACCACUUAUUGUUGUGUUAUAAAGCCAAGAAUCGUACCAAUUAUGGAUUGUAUAUAUAGUAUAGUUGUCCCAUCAUUUGCGCAAGCGUCUCACAUUUAAAUAACGUUUGAAAACAACUGUCUCGUAUUGUUUGACUACUCGAACAGUUUCUACUGUCAAUAUAAAGUACAAAAGGGAAAGAUGGAUUCAGAUAUAGAACAAAUUCAUAACAUUGUGCUCGAUGCUCGUCUUCCAUCAAGUAUAAAUCAUUUGAAAAACCCGACGGAGCAGUUCGUAGUAAAUUUAAUAACAACAUUUCUUCGAAGAUUUCAUAUCGACGUCGGAGCAAUUGAUAAACCAACAAUAGAACAAUACGAUAUAAUGUCGUACAGCGAAGACACAGAAAUAAUUGGGAUCAUAAAUUUGCAAGUUGCUAUGAUACAGUUAUGUGAACGAAUAUAUAUAAAAGAGUUAUGUAUUACGGAUAUCAUUAGUCCAGGUUCGAAAAGGGUACGCAAACAAGCUAAAUUUCUUGCAAAUUUUAUACUAUAUGCGACUACCAAAGAGUCAGACAUAAAGGACAAAAUUAGCAAAAUUAAAAAUAAGGUGAAAACGUUACAGGACAUAAUAGAUAGAAAGAAUGAAGCAAUAGAAAUGAUAAACAACAAGGCAUUGCAUACAGCAAAGCAGUUGUCAUUGAAGAAUCAAUAUAUCGCAGACAUUCAAAAACUACAGGCCAGACUUGAGAAUAACAACAAAAUACAUGCCGAAGUAUUGGCAAAAAUGUCUUUGGAAGAAGAGAGAAAGCAACCAUUAAUAGAACUUAAUGGAUCUUAUAAAGUAGAAGUUUUGAAGUUGAGCAAAAUUGUAGUGGAAUUACAAUCAGAAAUUGUGAAGUCUCCUGAGAAAUAUAAAAUGCGUUUAAAGGAGUUGGAAAAACAACAGACUUCUCAGAACAAACAGCGCGAAUUGAUGCAGCAGACAUGUCAGGAUAAAAAACACUUAAUUGAACAACAGAAUGUUUUUCUGACUUUUAUCCAGAAACAACAGAAAAAAUUUAGUGAAGUUCCAGAUACAAUUGAGCAAUUGAAAAAUAUAACUGCAGCAGGAGACAGUAGCAAAAAGCAAAUUGAAAUGCUCAGAGCAGAUAUAAAGGAAUGCGAAAAAAGACUGGAGAGGCAAAAAGAUGAACGGAAAGAGAACGAAAUAGACGGACUUUGUGCACAAUAUGAUGAACGUCUUUCUUCUUUACGUAAUUUAAAUAUCCAAUUAUCAAGUAAGAAAAAAUUAUGUCAAGAAGAAUUAAAAGAAGUACUUGUUAAGUAUAACGAAGACUGCUUAAAAUUGAAGAAAAUGCAAAGUACUAUAAAAAAAUUGGAAGAUGAGACAGUAGGUCGUCUUAAGAGUUACCAAGAUAACUGGAACAAUGAAGUAUUGACUGAGAAAGCAUUGUGGGAAACAUGGAUGAAUCGUUAAAACAAAUAUACAUACAUUUUCAUAAGACUAUCUUCGAUUAUUGAUAUUGUAUGAUAAUAAAGCACAAAUAAAAUUAGUUUUUAAUAUUUUGUUUAAUUGCACGUGUUAACAAUAUAUUUUACAUAAUCAUUUAUAUAUAUAUAUUUAACUGUACCUAUUUAUCUAAAUAUUAUUUUUAUUAUUGUAUUAUUCAGUAACUGUGAAACAUUAAUAUUUGGAAUGAUAAUAAAUACGCAAGGUAGUAACA